AUGGUUUCCUUGCAGCUCACAGAUAGAUCGAUCAAGCAUCCACGAGGUAUUAUUGAAGAUGUGCUAGUCAAGGUGGAUAAAUUCAUAUUUCCUAUGGAUUUUAUUGUAUUGGAUAUGGAGGAAGACAAGGAGAUACCUCUCAUCUUAGGACGAUCAUUUCUUGCAACCGGAAGAGCCUUAACUAAUGUGCAAGAGGGGAAGUUGAUAAUGAGGGUGCAAGAUGAAGAAGUGACAUUUAAUGUCCUUGAGGCUCUAAAGUUCCCAUUGAAGCAAGAUUCAUGUUUCAAAAUUGAUUCGGUGGAUCAGUCGGCAGUUAAAACUUCUAAGAGAGAUGAUACUAAAUUGCCAUUUAAGGAAUGCAUGGUCAAGUCAAAGAAGAUUGAAGAUAAAGACUAA